UUGCCCGGGCUUUGCCACGAUUAUACCUGUUAAGUGUGUCGCUGUAGUCAGCUCAGCAGCAGUCAUGCUGUAGUCAUAGAAACAGCUGAAACGUCAACAAUAUCUUCGCUUCUUAUUAGAAAUCCGUCGAUGUACUAAGACCGUGAGACGGGAACAGGGAGAAAUGAGCACUGUUCACGAUUCAGUUGGACCCCAUGCAAAUGUAGGAUUAUCUACCAAUAGUGAUGAUGGUGAUACAUUAGGUGCUACUUCAGUAUCAGACAAAAAACAAGAAUCAUCUUCAGAACCUCAAUUUGCCAGCAACAUCACACCUGAAGAUGUUUUAAAAUUGAAAAGGAUAACUGAUGGUUACCUUUGCCAACCUGAUGCCAAUGUGUAUGAUAUCGAUUUCACCAGAUUUUGCAUCCGAGACUUAGAGAGUGGAACUGUUCUGUUUGAAAUUGCAAAACCACUGCCUCCUGAACUAUGCGACAGUCCGCCAGGGGAUACAAAUGAAUUGGAUCCGAACGCCGGUCGGUUUGUGCGAUAUCAAUUUACCCCACAUUUUUUGAAGCUUCGCACUGUGGGGGCAACGGUUGAAUUCGUGGUUGGUGAAAAACCUGUAAAUAACUUCAGAAUGAUUGAGCGUCAUUUUUUUCGAGACCGUCUUUUAAAAACUUUCGAUUUCGAAUUUGGAUUUUGCAUUCCUCACAGUAAAAAUACGUGCGAACAUAUUUAUGAUUUUCCGGCGUUAUCAUCGGAAGCAAUGGAAGAGAUGAUCAAUCAUCCGUUUGAGACUCGAUCGGAUUCAUUUUAUUUCGUCGAGAAUCGGCUGAUCAUGCACAAUAAAGCUGACUACGCCUACAAUGGGGGAACAAUUCAAAGUAACACGCAUAACGAUGAUUCCAAAUGAAAUUAACGAAUUAUUAUUAAUUAAUGAAAAAUAUAAGUAUACGUUCGUCAUUCCCCUAAAAGGUCUUGCUGAAAUGGCAAAUUUAUUUUACGGUGUGAAUCUUUCGCUGUCAUACGAUCAAUACAGAUGUUCACUCGUUGGACCUCAAAAUUAA